AAAAAUCUACUUGGGACAUUCAUCAUCAUUUUUAAUAGCUGCACGUCUUGUUGUUUGAUAAACCAAUUUGUUUUACAUUUUGGUAUUUUCAGUUUUUAAACAUUAUAAACAAGGCUGUGAUGAACACUAAGAAGAAAGAACUUUUCCAGAAGCUUCCAGCAACCUUCUCUUGGAGCUGGUUUGGUCAGAAUCGGGUCAUAAGCCCAUUCCAUUUAAAUCACCAGUAAAGGGCCAGGGCAGGGGGUUUGACUAAUCUGAGUUCAUUUCUGGAGUUGGGCUAAUUUACAUGUGCUUAUAGGGUAGAGAGUGGGAAUUUUGCUCAAUCAUCAUAUUCUUAGGGCCAAAAAUAAUUCAGUACACAAGUCCUUCCUGUACAGAUGACAAUACAUAUGAACUCUUAGAGAGAAAUGCUGUUUAAACAUUUUGACCUUCCUUUUAGUAGGUACUCAAGCUUACACUGCAUACAGAAUGGAUUCAAGAAUAUAGAGUAUAAACCAAAAAAUAGUAUUUUGUAGUCAGAGCCCAUCCAGACCAGUUACUUGGAUUUCAAAAUACACAAAGUAGCUUUAUACAGAGAUCCAAAACUUUAAAUGUCCAUGAACAGUUACAAAAACACACCAGUGCUAGGAAAGAAAACCCAAUCUACAUCUUGGUGGGAAACGUGUGUUGGGGUAAGUACAACAAAGCAAGUGGUUACUUGUAGUUGACCCCUUUUUUUUGAAAACUGGAAGCUGUGUUUGAAAAGACACGAAGAAAGUAAGUCUAAGACAACAUUAAGUUUCCAGAAUUAAACACAUUUUGGGUAUUUACAUAUGUUACCAAUCCACAGUAGGCUGAUGCCCUGUGGGUACUGGCUGGCUGGCAGAGUCCACUAAAUACAAAUACACGAGGCCCAUGUGCUUCUGCUUACUCUCACAUUCAGUCCAAGUCCACUUCAGUGCUCAUGGGUUGGGCCAUGCAUUUGGCCACUUCUAUCUUUUGGGCGAAAAUAAGCAGUAAGUAGGAUCUGACUGAGUUAUGUUUGGGAGUAUUCUCAAUAAGUAAGACAUGUAUGAAGUACCUGGCAGAUAGAAUGAGCCCAAUAAAUGUUAGCUUUUUAAAAAUUUUGUACUUGCUUUGGAUGGAACCCAGAAGUAGCAAUGGAAGCUGUGAUUGCCACCCUGGAAGGCCUGCUUACAACCAUUUUAUUCGAACUUUUGAGGGGAUAGCACUCUGUUCUGGCUCACGGGAUAAAAAUAAGUGCUUACCCAGUUCAACAGAACUUUCUUUGAUGAUGAAAAGUUCUAAAUAUAUGUGCUGUCUUUCACAGUAGCAACUUAUAAUUACUGAAGAUUGAAAUAUGGCUACUGCAAAAAGGAAUAUUAUUUUACUUCAGAGCUCCUUCAGUGUAUUUUGGGAAAUUAUGGAUCGUCACGUUCCCAUGCAUGCGUUACCUGAAGAAAUCCAAAAGAUGCCCCCUGAAGAAAAAGUUUGUAAGUACUGUGGAGUGAGCUAUCUAAUUCUUCAUGAGUUUAAAGCUAUGGAAGAAAAAGUGAAAGCGAUGGAAAAAGAGAUGAAAUUUUAUCAAGGAAGUGUAGAACGUGAAAAGAAACUUCAAGAAAAGCUACAUUCUCUUAGCCAAGAUUUUGAACAAUACAAAAUUGACAAUGACUCCAAAACAGAAAGAAUCCAAGCUGGAAGCAUGCAGUUAAAAAAUCAGCAAAAUGAAAUUCAAAGACUACAGAAAGAAUUGAAUCAUUUACAACAUGAGUUAAAUAUUAAACAGAGACAAUCACAAGUCUUCAGUCAAAGAUUGAAGGAAUACAAAUAUUUCUGGAAUAAGACUCUUUCAUUACUUACUUUUACUAAAAGAGAAAUAACCAGCAUUAAAAAUGAAAUAUAUGACCAUUUUCAAAACUGGACUUCACUGAAAGGAGAAGUUUUUCUUCAAAUUAAAUACAUAAGUAAAACAGCCUUGACAGAAAUAGAGAUACUAAAUAAAAGUCUGGCGGUGUCCCACAGAAAUAAGGUAUGCUUAGAAGAGGAAAUGAAAAACCUGAAGUUGUUGUCAGAUGCAGCCAUUCUGAGGUCUCAGCAGAUUGAGGCGUCUAAACAACAGGAAGUGAACCUGCAAACCAGAUGCCAUGACUUACAAAAGGAUGUUCUAGAUUUGCAAAGUCAAGUAGAGGGACUCGGGCUAAAACUUCAGAAGGCAGUGACCGAGCUGGACAGCUAUAAAGAAAAGUUCAUGAAAAAGUCUAAUGAAGCUGAUGACUGUCAAAGAGAACUUAGAAAACUGAAGUUUGAAUCCGUUAUUUUUGAAUCAAGGCAUACUAGAUUGCUUAAAGAGAAAGAAGACUCUUUAAUAGCUUGUCAACAACUACAUAAAACUUUACAGGAAGAACUGACUGCAAAAGAAAGGCAAGAAGAAGAUAUAAAAAGGAGGAUUAACCUUGCAGAAAAUGAACUAGAGACAACCAAAACUCUUCUGAACCAGACAAAGGAAGAGGUCAUAACACUGAAAAAUGAAAGGGAACUGAUGCUGAUUUCACAUCAGAAGAGCAUUGAGCAGCUGCAGGAAGCCCUUCGACAGAAGCGGCUGGAUGAUGCCAACUGGAGGGAGAAGAUUGAAGCUGAACUCGCCAAGGAAAGAGCCCAACAUUUAGUUGAAUUUGAGGAGCAAGCUCUUCUCUUUAAGGAAGAAGCUAAACUGGAACUUGAUAUUGAAAAGGAAAAACACCAAGAAAUAAUCCAAAAGUAUAAGAAAGAACAAGAGGAGCUACAAAUGAAGAUAUCAGACUUAAUCGCAGGCGCUACCAGAGAUCUAAGGCUGGAAGUGGCCGCUCUUGAAAAAAAGCUCCAUGAAUCCCAUGUCCAAUAUACUGAAGAAUCUGAGUCAAAGGAGAAGGAAAUUGAAAACCUUAAAAAUCUGGUUGCAGAAUUUGAGUCUCGCUUGAAGAAGGAAAUUGACAAUAGUGACUGCGCUUCAGCGGACUUGAGGAAGGAAAUGAAACAGAAGUCUGAUGAACUGGAAAGAGUGCUGCUGGAACAGACACAGCUGACACGGCAGUUUCAGCAGUCCCAGCAAGAGAACACUUUUCUUCAGGAAACAGUGCGGAGAGAGUGUGAAGAACGCUUUGAACUGACGGAGGCUUUGAGUCAGGCCAGAGAACAGCUCCUGGAGCUCAGGAGGCUCAGUGGAAGUUUACCGGUGACCCCGCGGUUCCUCAGCCCCGGUAGCCUCGCCGCCUCUGCAGCCGGUCAUCAGGGAGAGAGAAGCCUUGCAAAACCGAACUCUGAAAAGGGCACCAAAAUCCCAGGCCUCAACAUCGUGUCGAAACCCACUUCUUCUCCAACCUCAGCUCAGCCCAAGAGGGCCAACAGCUCAGGUCUGCCCAGUCUCCAACCGCACCCGCCCAGGGGCCGGGCAUCUUCAAUAAAUGAGAACAGACAGAGACUGGCCGCCCUUCUGCGGAGGAGACUGAAUCAGCCGUGACCGACCUGGAGUCAGGAGCAGAUAGAUCCACACAGCGUGCAUGUAGCUGAGGAUGACAAAGAUCACGUGGCUAUCCCAGAUUAAGAGUGCAUGUCUACAGACAUUCUUAACAAGAGAAUUGAAAAAAACAACAAACAAAAAGACAAACAAACAAAAAAAAGCCUAAAGAGGUGGGAAGCCACAUUUUCCAAGAGGCCUUUGAAAUUGCAGCAAAUAAUGAAAUUGUUGUGAUUCCAGAGGCCAGUUUCUAUAUUUAUGGCAAGUAUGUUCAGAUGUGCUCUACAAAUACACCCUCUCAGAGAUCAAUGGUAAAAUUUUCACCCAGACAUUUUUUCUUUUUUUACACCAUUACAGGCAGAGAUAUCUCCACACACACACAAAAAUAGGUUUUAGUGGUUUCAUUGCUGUUCUUUCAUUUGUUUGCUAAGCUGAAUGGGUUAAAUAGAUGUAAUUAGUAUUCCAAAUAGAAAAUAAAAGUACUUUAGUCCUUAAUUAGAUAAAUUCCAAAGUGCUUAGUUCAAAUAUUCACAGAGUUCUUCAUCGUCACCAUUAUCAUAAUCAUCAUCAUCUUUUCUUUUCAGUCUAAUUGUAAUCUAAUUUCUUUUAAGAAAUGACAGGUAACCUUUAAGAAGACAUUCUUCCCUGUGAGUCUGGGGAUAUUUAAAAAGGGGGGGGGGCGGGUCAAGCAACUCCAAUUCAAGGAAAAACUAGUUUACUUUUCAAGCUAUAGAGAUUAUUUUAGAAAAUAGUAAUCCUGGCCACGAAACAAUUGCUCCAUAGAGAUUUUCUACGUUGAAUGCUUUUUGGCAUCAGAGCUAGGCUUUGAUUUGAACUUGUAUUAUCAAGCCAUUGAGAAGAGAACUAAUUCAAGACAGUUUAAUCGAGGUUCCAAUUUUAUUACCCCUGAAAAUGGGUAAUUGGUUAAUAUGUUUUCUAUUUCCAGAGUGGAAAUUUAAACCAGAAACAAGACAACCUAUUUUAAGUUAUCCUGAACCUUCAGGCUCUGCCUGUUUCUAAAAACAUAACUCUAUCUUAAGCUAGUGUUCAUCUAUCUAUUUCUCCAUCUACCAGAAGUGCAUUUUUCUUCCAAGACCGGUUUUACUUAAAUCCUCCAUCAGACUGCAUCAUGGAUAUUCAGGCUUCUUACUCCCAGGUUAGAAUGGUAUAUGACAUGUGAAUAUGGCAGGCAAAACCCUCUGGUAUUUGGCUAUCAUGUUGAUAGGAUUUCAUGUUGAUAGGGGUACUUGAAAUCCCUUCCCUGGGCAAAAAAACUAAAAGUUACUAAGCAAAAUCAAGUUUAUCUCCAACCAUUCAAAGAUUGGUCUAAUCUACCAGUAGUAGAUUUUGUUUGUUUGUUUUAACCUCAAAGAAAGCUCCACAUUAGGUCCUCUAAUUUCCCAGACUAGUUGAAAUGAGCACAUUUUGUGUUAAAGCUUAGAAUGCUUAUUUUUGUUGUACAGAGAUUGCUGUUCACUAUAAUGGCAUUUGACAAGAGAAUGUAGCAUCAUAGAAUAGUGGUGCUGGGUGGGCCUUAGAUGCCCAAAGAGGUCUCACUUGUCAGCUAGUUAGUUACAGAGCUAGAACCAGAACCACUGUUACCUGACCCCAACCUUCCCACCUCACUUUUCCACUCUCCAGAGAUUCCCUGGCCUCCAUCAUGACUUUUGUCAGAAACACCUACACUGAAUUUAUGUAAUGUUUUCUCUAAAUGCAUUCACAUUUUAAACUUUACAUGUAUGUAAAAAGGAAACACGACCCAAGGAAGAAUAACUUUAAAGUAAUGAGAUUGAUUUGCUAGUUUUUUUCUAAUAUGCUUAAAAUAAAUGUGUGUCUAUUAAAAUACUAAAUAUUCGUUGGUAUACCUUUAAAAUCACCUUGUAUAAUGUCAGUAGUCAUGCCAAUUCUGGAGACCACUGCGCUAGACCUCAAUGUUUCUGAUCUGGUGUCUGUCUGUUUAUAUUGAAAAUACUCAUCAUUAAGGGAAACGGCAAGAGCUAGUGAAAGCUUUAGCAAAAGCAUACGAGAAUAUUUGGGGCAACAAUCUUUGUUAUUCAAUUAUAUGUGCUCUUCCAAUUGUGCAAUUGCAGCUCUCUCUUCAGGAACCAUGGGGAUACACUUUGCUAAAUUAUGAAUGUAUUUAAAUUUGUAAAUAAAGACACACAUAAGCUCUUCUAAAGCGAUGUGAAGACUA